CCAAGAUCAGGCAUCUUGUGGCAGAAGGUGUGUACCUGGCCUCUCCGAGUUGGGAAGUACUGGAGGAAGUUCAAUGUAUGGUUGUUUAUUGGCAGAGGGCAGAGGAGUCAGUUUACAAGAUUUUUUCUCUACUAUAAAUCAGCUUGCAGUUUUCAAGUGGCAUGCAAACAAAGACUGUUGAUGUCAACAUCAGAAUGAAGAAACCUGAAACAUUUUAAUCUGAAACUACAUUUCUUCAUUUAGCAACAUGGAUAAGGUGUUUUGCUUUCUUCUUUUGGUUGUACUUUGGAGCACUGAUCUGAUACAGUGCAUGAAUGAACUAUCAACUUGUCCACAAAACAUUUCUUCAGGAUCUGCAGAUGAUCUCUGUGAACCAUGCUGGAAAAGAUUUGGAGGCAAAUGCUAUCAAGUGUCACAAGAUGCAAAAAUUUGGAACUUUUCCAGAGAAUCUUGUAAUAAACUUGGGGCAAACCUCAUUACUAUGAAAAGCCAAGAAGAACAGAACUUUAUGAAAACUCAGAACAUUUCAUGGAUUGGACUUCAUUAUCUAGAUAGCACAUGGCAGUGGGUAGAUGGAUCUAAUGUCGGUUUAAGGUAA